ACACAAAAUUUGAAAGACAUUGGAAGAGAAAGACGUUAGGUUUAACGAGUAGAGAAAGAAAAGAAAAGGGGAAAAUCGAAAAACAUUGGAAGAGAAGAAAAUGGAAGACGCAAUGGAUGACGCAAUGAUGAACAUCAUGAACAAAGUGAUUUCCAGAACCUCACUCUCCCACACCGACGACCGCACCAAGAAAACGAUCAUCCUCAGAGCCCUCGAAGACGCCUUGUCGGAAGCAUUUAUCCCAGAAUCUAUGCUCGAAUUCCUCGAGGUACUAGAGAAACUCUUACUUCAUCGCAACUCUUCAAAUUCAAAUUUAAUCAGUGAGGCCAUGAAAGCCGCCUAUUGUAGCAUUGCAGUAGAAUCUACCCUCAAGUAUCUCGAAGCAGGAACAUCAAACCCUAGAUACGGAAAAGCGGUGAAGAGGAUAUGGAAGGGUAAGGUUCAUGAUAUGCAGAGUGAGGGAAGUAGCUUUCUGUUAUCGGAUGAAUUGAAGCAAUGGAAAAGUGAGAUUGAGAAUUCGCUAUUGGAUGGGGGAGUUUUGGAGAAGCUUGCCUGUAUGGGGAGUACUCGAAGAGACGCUAUUCGAAAGUUGCGGGCUUUUUUGGCUGAAGCUUGGGAGAAUUUAGGUCUUCUUGAAUCGGGGCGAAGAAUCAAUUGUUAGAAGAAACAACUGGAGACAGGUUGAUUUUUUUCUAUCUUGCACUCUGUGAAUUGGUAUGUUGUUAAGAAAAUGAAGUUGUGGAUAAGUGAUUUAUAGACUAGAAGUGCUUUUGGGGAGUACUAUUAUUGUAAGGGGUUUAAUUUGGAUGCUAUUGUGGCUUUAGUUGUUGGAAUUCUAAAGCUGCGUUUAUUAGUGUUUUUUAGGAGCGUUUGUGUAUUGGAUUAUUUUUAGUAACAUGCUUGAGUUGUAGAAACAUAUGAAAAUGAACUUAUAAUCAUUUAUAUUAUAAGAUUAGAGAAAGUUCCUAGUAAUAACAUGAUUUUAGAACACUAUACGAAACGAAACUGAUAUCACUAAUGAUCACACAAGCGAAAAAAAUAGUAAUGUUUAGGAGAUAUGUAAGUUUGAGUUAAACAAUAGCAUAAUAUGAUCAACCUGCAUAAAAUGGUAUAGGCUUUUCUAUAAGCUAUAGUAGUUUGUUUUCUAUACUGUAUAGAGUUAGAGACUGAUGCUAUUUUGGAACAAGCCAAAGAUAAAACAAAUGCAAACAAUUUAACUUCAAAAACAAUGAAGUCAAUUUACUUAACCAAAGCCAUACCUGAGUGACUUAGGAAGCGGCUUUAUCUUACCUUUCUACCAAAGCUUCACCGCCCUCUCUAUACUUUAGGGGUAUCAACGUUCCACCCUUUUGUAUUGUAAUUGUUAAGUUGACACUCUGGAACACACGUUACUCUUAUGUCCUGCAUUUUUUCGAUCGAUGGACAUAAUUAAACUAAGAUAGGUCCCUUUCGGAGAAUUCAUCUUUUUUAGCUUGACUAAUCGUGUAGCAAGGAGGUAGGCUUAGAGCCAGCAAUCAAGCUAGAAAAGUCUACCGCGAGCGAGUAGUCUUUGCGGACAUGCUUACUUCAUCUUCACUUCAUGCUUAUACACCUGUGGGGCUGGGGUACAACUGAGUAUAGUAUUGUACUUGCCUACACUGUGAUGCUUUCUGCAAUAUGCCUGAAAAUUUCAACCAUCUGAUAUACUUGAGUAGAACAUAAUUUGUAGGAUAAAAUUCUUUGAGCAAAAACCUUGAAGUAAGAACUGUAAUGAUUGAAAAGCAGAACACUACUUA